AUGGAUGGCCAGAAGAGAAACACUAAAGAGAUGUAUGAGAAGAUGGACACUUUGUUCAGCAAUCUCAACACCAAGUAUGAUGCUGUUGCCACUCAUGUGAAGAAACUAGAGACUCAAGUCACUCAAACUAUGGAAGCUGUUAAGAGACAGGAAGCUGAAUCCAAGAAGUCCUUUUGCAACUCAGCUGCCAUAGAAGAAAGAUUUGAAGACCAAGUUCCAGAAUGGAUGCUUUCAAAACCUACUGUUGAUUGCAUGAUUUGGCCUGAAGAGAAUUACCCAGAGAGAGAGUCCAAUCGAGCUAGAAAGAGAAGACUCUUCCCAAAGAUUAUCCCCAAGACAGAUAACUCAGGAAAGUUUGCUGUGCCUUGUAUCAUCAAAGGUAACAUUCUUGAGCAAUCUUUGUGUGACACAGGAGCCAAUGUGAACAUCAUGUCUAAGAGGAUAGCUGACAAGAUAGGCCUCACCAAGAUAGAGCCAUCAUCCAUCUCCAUCAACUAUGCUGAUUCAUUCUCACAAACACCCUAUGGCUUUGUGCCUAAUGUGAUGGUGCAGAUUGGAAAUUGCUCUAUCCCUACUGAUUUCCAGAUUGUGGAAAUGAGAGAGAGUAGCCAUAGACCUCUCAUAUUUGGAACCCCUUUCCUGUCUACUGUGGGUGCCAUAUUUGAUUUCCCCAAUCAAAGAAUCUCUUUCAACAAGGUGAACAAGGGUAUGUUCUUCCCUAUGUGUUCAACAAAGAACUCUUUUGUUGACAUGGUCCAAGAGGAGAAAGUUACUUUGAAGCCACCCCAAGAAGGAGAAACUGAAGAAACAAUCAAGGAAGAUCCCAUUCCUAAGCCCAAGCAGCUUGCCAAACAAGCAAGGAGUAAGACUAAGGCCCCUACACCAAAACCGCCCAAGGGAUCAACCAAGAUUGAAGAUGAGGCCAAGCCAAGAAAGAAGGUAGAAAAGCCUAGGUCUGGCCGCAACAUGAAGCUUCUAUUCCCAGAGGAGCUUAUUGAUGAGAAUCUAGAAGGAUUCAAGGAGAAAGUGACAAGAACUCUAAAGCUUUUUCCUAAGGCAGUAGUGCCAAGGGACAUUCCAU